AAUAAUCUUUGAAACCCGCAAUCCAGACCGUAAGUAUAAAUCACCUAACUUCAAAUGAGAUGGGUUGUGCAAAAUCUCGGAUUGGACCAAUGCCGAUAAGCAGUACCAUUGCCAUCGAGCGUUCUGACCGUCGAAAAGAGUCAAGACCCAACGGGAAAGCGCGGAGGCGAAUCCGUUUUCGCGCAGUGAAGGUUACACCCGCCAAGUCUCACUUAGGAGGAGGCGACAAUCCUGAGUAUGUCGAUAAGCUGAAAGUCGACGUCAGCGUUCGGCCAAACAGCCGAAUGGAAUCUUCUCUCUUCACGUCGAACAGACCUGAAGAUGCUACGAUCUACCCAGACACGUGCAACGUCCCGAGACCCAGCGACCUGCAUCCCACGCUGUCCAAAGCAGAGCGAGGCCAAAUUCAAGCGGACAUUCUCCACGAACUAAGAGUUGCUGGCAUUUUGGAGUGGCGUGCAUCUGCAUCCGGUGCCAUCUCAUUUACCGUGGCUGAUAAGGUUGGCUCUGGGGGUGCUCCGCAGCCCUCACACCGCCCUCCAGCACGUCUUAUCAGCCUCAAGAAGAACUUGAACCACUCGAUGCAGGAACGCAUGACAGCCGACAAACUAAAAAAGAGGAUGGAGGCUGCCGAAAAACGACGAAAGCUUAAUCAAGAUGCUCUAAAGGAGCGCCUCCGGGUACACUCUCGCCUGGGGAUGCAGUACAGCGAGGCAGCAGCCCAGGCAGAGCGCGCACUGCAGCAGAGGGUUGCCGACAAGAUCAUUGAGAAGGAGCUAGCGUACAACAAGCGGGUAGAACAGAUGAGGAAAGAGAGGAGGGAACGUGUCCAGGCCAUGUCACGCAGGGGAGACCAUGCCAAACAGGUCGUGGAGAGCUUAGAUAAGGCCUGCCAGAAGCGUGCUGCCGACAACGUUGCCAAAAAAACAGAGCCUCUUCUUGACAAACGUCACACGUCUGGAACGCCUACGUGCAAACAGAGCGUGGCUGAACCAAAAGCACCGAGAGAACGUCCGGGAAGCAGUGGCGCGCCGCCUAGCUGAGCAAGAACAACGAGCCGAAUGAGGACUUCGAGAUCGAGACGACCGUAAACAGCGGGGACGAGAGCAAAGACGACCAGCAGUGGAUAAUGUAGACAUUAAGGGGGUGACUUUCCAAAGCGAGGCUUCGUCUCCAACGUCUACAAAGAGCUUCACUUUACUUCAUUUGGGUUCUUCUGAGUCAAGAUUCCUGUUGCAGGAACAUCUGCCGACUCCAAGCCGGUUUAGAAGUGUUUGAAAGCUGCGUUUACCGAGUAUAUUGUUAAACGUAGGAGCGGCGGAAGCUAUACGUUAGUUGCCCGCUCCGGACGCACGGGGACUCGGUGUACGCAAUCACAUUACCCAUCAUUCAAAAAAUUAUAAGAGGCCUAGGUGCACGUAAAGAUUGGAAGAUCUCCUAAAAAGCAUAACCCACGAAGGGAUCUCAUUUUGCGUGUACGGUUAAGGAUAAAACAAAAAGAUUAAUCGGCUUCACCAACAGUGGUAGCUACACACAAUAAACAAAACAAAAUUUCCCGACCCCCCCGCAAAACAUCCCGUAUCCGGCCCUGCACCGAUACAUGUACAAGUAUAUAUACUUUUAAUAAUAAUAUACAUGUAGAUUUAUAUAGCGCACUUAUCCGGAAAAACGAUCAAGGCGCCAUUCCAACAUUAUUACCCCUGCUCACAGAGCCUAUGAAACAACCCAAACACCAUCUCAGCUCCCUGGGGAGUAUACAGCUCAAUGCUGCCUUUUCGGCGCAAAUUAAAAAGCAGCUAAAUCAACCGCAAUGACCAUCUCUACCCUCACAGGUACCCAAAUUAAGUGCCUUGCCCAAGGGAACGCCACACCAUGACCGCAGGCUGGAUUCGAACCCGCAAGCUGCGGCUUUGCCCGCAAACUACGAAUCCGAUGCUCUUAACCACAAGGCCACAGCACUCCGCUCACAAGACGCAAGGGUAAAAAAGGAAUGCUUUUGUCACUGUUCAUUAGCGUAAAUUGUGCUAGAUUAACACUGGAUGUCCCGCAUGAAGGACGUACGAGACAGACAACCUCCAACUUUGUGUUGGUCAUUGUCUCACAGGAAUCUGAGGAAUUCUUUUCAGACUUGGGGGGGUAUGUUUAGUAACAAUACUUUAGAGUGUGUAAGUGGGUGUGGGGGGGACUCCUCGCUCUCAUUUUUUUGCUGGAUAUAGGAUGUCCACCGUAACUUCAUGGUGCAUGCUC